CGCCGAAGUUGUCGGGACGCAAGUGUAUAUAACGGCUAACAGAUCCCGGCAAACGCAUCAGUCGCUUCCGUUCGAGCUUCAGUGAACACACACACACACACACAUAAACUCGCAAAAAAACUACACAGAAAACAUGGCGUACAAGAUGUUCUCUACCGGUUUGGUAUUCGCUUUGGCCGGUAUGUGCAUGUGCCAGGCUGCGUCCAACACGCCUUCCCAAUACCAAUCACUGCAGGCUGUGUCGCAGUCUUCGUUCCAGUCCGGUCCGGCCGUUGUGCCUCAAACCCGUCUGGAGGACAUCGAACGUGACUCAUCGAAACCAUCACAAGCCUCUAUCAAAUCCGCCGGCCCGUCGCCGGCUGCGUCCCCGUUGCAAGCCCAACAACAGCCGGCCGCCGGCCAAGUGUUGGCGUACCCACAACAACAGUACUUCGUCCAACCGUACCAAGGGCAACAACAACAGUACUUGGCUCAACAAUACCCGGCACCGUUCGACUACUCUGGCGUGCAGUACAUGUUCAUCAACCCGACUGCGUACAACCAAGCCUACCAGCCAUACUAUGUGCAAACCGCUCAACCGUCCGCCGUCCCUCAGUACGUAACCAAGUCGCAAAACGGUUCUCCAGCGGCGUCUUCCCAGUCCACUUCCGCCGCCUCACCUACCAGCAACCAAGGACCGGUCGAGUUCAAACAACAGUUCGCUUCCACUCAGGGCGCGCCCGCCGCCGCCGCCGCUCCGUCUUUGGCCGGAUACAAACAAGUACAAUACGUCGAAGCCGCCCCGGCCCCGGCCUUCCAAUACGUCCCGCAGCCGGCCGUCAACCCCGCUGAAUUCGCCUACGUUACCCGUCACCCGUCCACCGCCCAAUUCAAGACGUCAGCCCCGACCGCCGCCGCCGCUCAACCGCAAUUCCAGUACGCCGCCAUCCCGCAGCAAUUCCAACAGCCGCAGUUCUACUUCAACGUCCCACAACAGCAAACGUACAGCGCGGUCCCACAACAACAAACGUUUAGCGCCGUCCCACAACAACAAACGUUCAGCGCCAUCCCACAACAACAAACGUUCAGCGCCGUACCGGUCGAGCAGACCCGCGUUCAACCGUCGGUGAAAAGCCAGUUCUCGUCCGGAAUCAAAUCCACCACUGCAUCGCCGACCAAGGGAUCCGAUUUCGCUUACAAAUUCGAGUCUUCGCCGCCUCAGUCUCAAUCUUCCAACACCGGAGCUUACAGCACUCUGAGAUUUUAAAUGACUCCUACGGUGCCAUAACAUAAUGUGAUUGCUGCCAUCAUAUAAUUGUGUGAUUCUAGCGCGUUUUUUUUUUUGUUGCGAAUCCAUUUAUUUAUUUUCGCAGUCUAUUCCUAAUGGUUUAGCACGAAAAACGCGCAUUGUACAAAACACUUAUUAUUAUUAUUAUUAUUGUUUAUUUGUUGUCUAUUUUGUAUCUUCUACUUAUAUAUUGUAAUAUAUAAUAUUGUGAUUAGUUUUAGGUCAAUUUGAAUAAAAUUUGAAACAUUUUUAUUUAAAA